GAAUCUUGGAUACACUCAAGAACUACAUAAUAUUGCCACAUAUCAUUAGUUGCUUAUGUGAGUUCUGAAGUGUGAUCUCUGAAUAGAAGACUCAUUUAUUUGAUUUAGCUAUCUAAUAUUAUCUCAGUUUUUUUGCAUAGGUGUAGUGUAGUGGAGAAAAUCUCGUACAAAAUGUUUGAACACAAUGUACAUUCUCAGUACCUUGUAAGCAUAAACACUUAUCUAGAGUCCCUUCGCCUGUGCCAUGGAACAAUGUUGCGCUUGUGCCUUCACUCUACGGUGUAUUAUGGAAGCCGAGGGUUUAUAUUAGAAACAAUAUUAGGUAAAAAAGGCGCGCUCAUAAAGAAUAAAAACGAUGCGAUUGUUUAUCUGCUUUCUAUGGCAGCUGAGGUGGGGGUUUCGGUGCUUUGGGAACCUUUUAAAUAUCUUGCCGCGAUCAACACGCCUCGAUUCUUGCUGGACUACAUGUUGACCAACUGGUCUGAUGUACUUUCAAAAAUCGACAGGUUUAAAACAGCCCGCUACGCAAGCUACGCGUCAUACGCGUUUUCAAGCGACCCUAACGUGGAGUGGAACCUCGAUUUCUUUUCCUGGCAGCUACCUUCGAUUAUUUUAACGGUUUCGAAAUUGAUGUUGCGCCGCCGCCUCAGUGGCGCCCGCACGGGACGUUUGCUUCUUGCGCUCCUCGCGCAAGUCAUCCUGCGCGCCCACUUUUCGACCUUUUCAGUCAUGAUCCCGGAGUCGGGGGGGGAAGUCUUUGAGGCGGUCCUCUCCACUUUACUUGAGGGAAUGGUCACGUCGUAUCUUGUACGCAAUACGUGGCCCUUCAGGAUCAACCUAUUCUCGAACAAGUGGAGCGUCCCUAAGAUGGAUGAGAUCCUGAAAAUGUUAGAAACGCAGUACAAACGUCAGUACAAGUGUCUUUACAACUUAGCGUUAAAAAUAUUUCCUCAAAAAAAAUCUGAGGAAGUGACUGAAGAGUAA